GGAAAAUACUGCUGCUGUUAGAUUCACUGUCAUUCACACUGAUAUCGUGAUCAGCUGUAAGACUCACUACAGGUAAAGUUCAGGGGUUUAUUUUGGAGUUCUUUGUGUGAAUGAGUUUUAGAGUUUAGACUCUUAAAUUUUCUGAAAAUUCUGAUCAAAAAGGGACUGAAGGCUAUGGGAGAACCACGAGGAUCACUCAGUCACGACCAUUCUCAGUCCCCGUCCCUGUCCCCUCUCCAGACCAUAAGCCUGGUCCUGAUUGGUGAGAAAGAGGCGGGGAAGAGUGCAGCCGGAAAUGCCAUCCUGGGCACCGUGGCCUUUGAUCAGGUCGGGGUGAGGACCAGGAAAAGCGUGCGUGGAGAAGGUGUGGUGAGGGGAAGGCGUGUAGUGGUGGUGGACACACCAGGCUGGGACUGGUUUAACCUGAGCGGCUCCUCAGCUUCCCCCGUCGCUGUGAGGAAGGAGAUCGUCUCAGGUAUGACCCUGUGCCACCCAGGUGCUCACGCUCUGCUGCUGGUGGUUCCUCUGUCGUUCUCCUUCUCCGCAAGGGAGCGCCAUGUUGUGGAGGAACAUGUAGAUCUGUUCGGACCAGAAGCCUGGAGACACGCGCUGGUCCUGUUCACUGUGAUGGACACCAAGCGCCUCCGUGACUCCGCCCUGCAGGAUGAGGUGGAGUUGAAUAGCGAGCUGCAAAAGCUGGUGGAGAAGUGUGGCGGGCGGUACCACGCUCUCCAUGGGAGACCCAAGAGAGGAGAAGAUCAGGUCGCCGAUCUUUUGUCUAAAAUCCAAAAGAUGGCGUUUGCUGAUGGCGAAUCGAUGCUCCUCAGUGACCAAGUUCUCCAGUGGUAUAGGGAGAGAGAGGAGCAGGAGAAGAGAAGAGAAGAAGAAGAGAGGAGGAAGAGAGAAGAGAAGAUGCAAAGAGUCAAGCAGUCUCGCCGGAAGAAGGAGAUGGAGAAGAGGACGAGAGGAGAGAGAUUAAAAGACAAUGAAACAGAGGAGAACAGACAGCAGAAAAGAGACGUUAAGAAGGAAAUGAACGGUACAGAGCUUCAGGAGCCGUCAGUGACUGUGCGAGACAGGACUUAUUUCACUGAGGUCUGUAAGACACAGUAGAAGAAACAGGAGAAGACGGAAAUGUGCAAUCUAC